CGCCGAGGCAGUAUAUCAUGGAAUUUUCGUUAUCCAACCUCGAGACGCAAAGAUCAUCCCACUAUGAUGGUUUACAAUUCGAAGCUAAGCAUUGCCAAUUGGUUGGAUCUCUUGGACUUGCAACAAUACGAAACAAAUUUACAAAUGUAUAAUCGAGUGGAAGAUAUAUCAGAAUUGAACGAUAAUGACCUCAAAAGAUUAGGCAUUCGUAGUGCUUCACAUCGAAAUAAGAUGCUAUCAAGUUUAGUUGGAGUUUUACAAGCUAAACGGAGACAAUCGAUGAACAUUGAAGGCUCUUUACUUAAAUACUGUGAAAAAUGGAUAUUAUAUAUAUCAAAGCGUUUGCAACAAACUAAAUCAGAUUUCGGAGAUCCUUUAAAAUAA